UUGCUGAUUGGUUGAUUUACGAUUGGGGAGGGAUCCAUUCGUGCUGUCCGCCAGGCAGCGCAGUGACUCUAGUGUUUUGCUGUGAGCUGCUGAUGAGACAGAGGAAGCACUCACCUGGAGCUGGACUUUUCCUCCACAGUGUUCCUGUUCAGACAGAGGCUAUCAAACCAUUAUGAAGAGUCUGAAGGCAAAGUUUAAAAAAAAUGAGAGUCAGGACUGGAGUAAGAGUGAUGAGAGGCUCCUGCAGGCUGUGGAGCAGAAUGAGCCCGACAAAGUCUCCGCACUCAUCGUCAAAAAAGGCCUCUGUCCUACCAAGCUGGAUGCCGAGGGCAAGUCAGCGUUCCACCUCUGUGCAUCGCGAGGCCGGCUAGAAUGUCUGGAGGUCAUCAUCUCUCACGGAGCAGACGUCAACGUCACUGAUGGCGCCGGCUUAAGCGCCCUUCACCUCACAGCCAAGAAUGGCCAGUCAGAGUGUUUAAAGAGACUCUUACAGGAGAGAUUAGCAGUGGAUUGCACCGACAGCAUUGGUCGGACACCACUUCAUCACGCAGCGGUCAGUGGCUGCUUGUCCUGCUCUGAGACUCUGUGGGAUUUUAAAGCCAGUCUGGAUGUCCAGGAUGGGGACGGGGCCACCCCUUUGAUUUUAGCAGCUCAGAUGAGCAGAGUGGAGCUGUGUGUCUUUCUGUUGGGUCGAGGUGCCAAUGCAAACAUACAGGACAACCAGGGAAGGUCUGCAUUGAUGCUGGCGUGUGAGAGUGACAGCGUUGACACCGUAGAAGCUCUACUGAGAGGCGGGGCCAACACGCAGCUGGUUGACGCCCUUGGACACAAAGCCACCGACUACAGUGUAACCACAGAAAACCAACGCAUCAUGCAAAUAUUGCAGGAUGGAGCACCUCAAGCUCCCGAGGGCACAGACGAGGAGAUCCAGGGUUUGCCACCCUCUCCACAUCCCCGGAGUUCUGCUCCACCUGCCCAGUCCCCUGAGCCCCAGUCUUCUUCUCCCUCUCCCCAGCCUCCAGAUACACAGCAAUCAGCCCAGCCAGAAGAUGAGGAGGUGUUUGAGGAGAUUCGACGGCUGCGUCUGGAGAGAGGCCGUCUGCUCCAGAAGAUCAAAGCCUUUGAGCAGCAGCAUCAGAGCGCCCUCUCUGCCUUGGAGGAGUUGUCUCAACUAAAGCAGCGUCUAGAGGAGGCAGAGGCAGAGAGAGACAAGCUGCUUGAGGAGCUGAAGGGAGGCCAUGGUAUUGGGGCCGCUGAGGACAUGGAUGAAAUGUUUGACUUCCCAGAGAUGCUGCUCUCCAAGCGCUCCAGAGCCUCGCCUGCUCAGGAUGAGGCCACUUCUCAAAGAGACGCAGACUCGGCCAACCCCUCCCCUGUCCCCGGAGACCCAGGAACUGUUGCUGAGCUGCGCAAACAAAUAGAGGAACUUAUCUCACACAACUCUGAACUAGCUCUCAAAGUGCAGAUGCUGGAGAUGUUUGAGAAGGAUGACACAAACAUGCAGACCUCCAGCUCGGACUUUGUCCCCAUAGUUCAGUAUGAGACCCUGAGGAAGGAGUUUGAAGCCCUUCAGGAGCGCUUCUCUCAGGUCCAGGCUUCAGACGAGGCCUCCAGCGUGGCAGAGGAGGGUGGGGAUGAGAAGUCUCAGGAAGGAUGUGCUGAUGCAGAGAGUUUGAAGGCUCUGAAAGAGAAGUUGCGAGGGCUUAAGGAGCAGUUGGCCUCCUCCCAGUCUGAGCUGGAAGAGCUUAAAGAGCAGAUGAGCCUUGGGGUGUUUUCUGUGGAGUGUGGUGAAGGGGAAACUGCCACAGCAGGUGCUGGGGCUGGGGCUCCAGAGGGGUCUCCGAGCCAGGAGGCACAGCAGCUAAGAACGAGGGUGACGGAGCUAGAGGAGGAGCUAGCUAAGACACAGGGUGAGGCAGCCGGUCAGAGGAGCCAGGACAGUGACACAAUCAAACAGCUGACAGAGAAAGUAGAGGAACUCCGUGCUGCUCUGUCCCAGAGAGAGUCUACCAAAGAAGACGGGGAGAAAGGCGUCGAAGGAGAAGAGACGGAAACAGUGAAGGGCCUCCGUGACAAAGUGGCUGAGUUGGAAGCAGCCCUGGCAAAGAGCAAGACGUCGGGGAAAGAGGGAGGAGCAGCAGGAGAUGGAGAUCAGGUCCGUCGUCUCCAGGAGCGUUUGGGAGAGCUAGAGGGAGAGCUGAGAAAGUGUGUGCCUCGCUCGGAGUUGGAGGAGGUGCAGGUGACUCUGGGGCUCCAGUGUGAGCAGCUGGCCAGGGAGAGGGCGGACGUGGCUCGAAGACUCAACAAUGCUCUCCUGGAUCUGGAGAGACUCAGGCCUCCUCCACGCAGAGAUGAGGAAGAGGAGGAAGAAGAAGAUGAGGAACAUUCAGAGAGCUCAGAGCCCUCAGGCAUGUCAGAGCACUCUAGACGCACCAUGGCCGCAGUGAGAGAAGAACUAGAGGUGGCGAGGCAGGAAGCAGCUCAGGCUCUGGACUGUCUGUGUGCUGAGCAGGAGGGCCGCGCACAGGACGCCCUGCAGCUGAAAGACGCAGUGCCACUCUCAAAACAUAAGGAGGCGCUGUCUGCAGUGUCAGAACAGCUAGCUCAGACGCUGCAGGAGCUCCAGGAGGAGAAGACCCUUCGUGGUCGGGCUGAGGAGCAGGCUGCCAGACUGGAGGCCAAACUGCAGGCCAUGCAGGAUGCCGUACCUAAAGAGGAGCAUGAGAAAGUCACGGCAGAGCUCCAGCACUCCCUGCAGGCCAGUGAGAGCAGUGCAGCAGCAGCUCAGGAGGCUCUGAGUGAGAAGGAGAUGGAGCUGAGAGAGCUGAAGUCUCAGAAGGCUGCAGAACAGGGUCUGAUCUCCAAAGAGGACCACGAGGCCCUGCGGCUCUCUCUGCAGGCCGAGAUCAACGCCACCACAGCCCGUUUCAACGAUCUUACUCGCAAACAUGAGAAGACUUGCACUGAGGUAUUCCAGGUGCAGCGAGAGGCUCUCUUUAAUAAGAGUGAGCGGCAGGUCGCGGAGUCCCAGCUGGCCACAGUGCAGAAGCAGCUAGCCGAAUUACAGGCCCAAUCCAGCCACAUCCAGGAGCUCCACAAGGGCAUCCAGGAAUCCCAGGGCCUGGUCAAGGAGAAGGACCGCAAGAUAACAGAGCUGUCCAAGGAGAUGUUUCGGCUAAAGGAGGCCCUGGGAGCUCUGUCACCUCCUCUGGGCAUCACCUCCUCCUCAUCUACCCACCAUGGUAACCCUGGGCAGCAAAUGGCACUGCAGAACAGGAUCGCCAUUCUUACCCAGCAGCUCCAGGAUUGGGAAAGAAAGCACAAACAGGUGGUGACUGUGUACCGUUCGCAUUUACUGGCAGCUGUACAGGGCCGAAUGGACGAAGAGGUGCAGGGUCUGCUACUCCAAAUCCUGAGGAUGUCACAGCAGUGACGCUGAAAUCUUGUAACGUCUGCAAGUCUCUCUCCACCUCCAGCUCUUUUACAGGUCAGCAUGAAGCAGCUCCAGCUCAGCAACCUGUGGGGAAAGCAUCAUUGAGACCAUUUCUCUAGAAAGCCAAAUAAAACUAAUCUGUGUUCAGACAUAGCUGCAUGUGUACAAUACAAUAACUUAAACAACAGCUGUAGCUUGACUGAUAAACAAACAGUGAAAAAAGUGAGUGCCUUCUUGGGUGGAUAAGUUACAUGACAGCAGCCUAUAGGUCAGGGGUUUAUGGUAGCAGACAAUGUGAAUAGAGAGUGGUUAUUAAGGAGAUAACAUCAGGUACAUUGAUUGUGUGACAAGCCUAUUGAUUUUAUACAAUAUUGUUAUAAU